CGCACGGGGGCGGCUGCUCCCUGCCCAACACCUCUGCCACAGCACUCUGGCUACAAUGCCCUGUCCUUCCAGCAAAACUGGUCCUGCCUGGCCUCCUACAUGCUUCCUGCGUGUCUGAAACCCAUCAGGGCUGCCAGGGAGCAGUCCCCUUUAAGAGGUGGAGCUUGCAGCCUGGCACAGGAAGAUCAAGUCUGGAAUGAACUGCCUUGGUCGGAGGAGGUUGCAGACAGAAGCCAGCUGGUCAACACAGAGGAGACCAUGAGUGGCAGGGUGGGAGAUCUGAGCCCCAAGCAGGCAGAGGCGUUAGCCAAGUUCCGCGAGAACCUCCAGGACGUGCUGCUCUCCCUUCCCCAUCAUGACGACUACUUCCUCUUGCACUGGCUCAGAGCUCGAUGUUUCGACCUUCAGAAAUCCGAGGCCAUGGUCCGGAAGUAUGUUGAGUUUCGGAAGCACAUGGAUGCUGACAACAUCAUCAACUGGCGCCCCCCGGAGGUGAUUCAGAAGUACAUGUCUGGGGGGAUGUGUGGGUAUGACCGGGAUGGCUGCCCCAUCUGGUACGAGAUCAUUGGGCCCCUCGAUGCCAAAGGCAUCCUCUUAUCAGCCUCCAAACAAGAUCUGCUCAAAAACAAGUACCGUGACUGCGAGAUGCUGCUGCAGGAGUGUGACAAGCAGACCCAGAAGCUGGGGAAGAGGGUUGAGAUGGUCAUGAUGAUCUAUGACUGCGAGGGGUUGGGCCUGAAGCAUCUCUGGAAGCCAGCCGUGGAGGCGUAUGGAGAGCUUCUGUCCAUGUUUGAGGAGAACUAUCCCGAGACCCUGAAGCGCCUGUUUGUAAUUAAAGCUCCCAAGCUCUUCCCUGUGGCCUACAACCUCAUCAAGCACUUCCUGAGCGAAGACACCCGUAAGAAGAUUGUCGUUCUGGGAGCAAACUGGAAGGAGGUCUUGCAGAAGUACAUCGCCCCCGAGGAGAUCCCUGUGGUGUAUGGGGGAACCCUCCGGGACCCAGAUGGGAACCCCAAGUGUGUGACCAAGAUUAACUACGGCGGUGACAUCCCCAAGAAGUACUACGUGCGGGACCAGCUGAAGCAGCAGUAUGAGCACUUAGUGGUAGUGAGCCGGGGCUCCUCCCACCAGGUGGAGUAUGAGAUCCUCUUCCCAGGCUGCGUCCUCAGGUGGCAGUUCAUGUCCGAAGGGGCCGACGUGGGCUUUGGAGUCUAUCUGAAGACUAGAAUCGGGGAGCGGCAGCGAGCUGGCGAGAUGACGGAGGUGCUUCCAAACCAACGCUACAAUGCCCACCUGGUGCCCGAGGAUGGCUCCCUCACCUGUUCAGUGGCUGGCGUCUAUGUUCUGCGGUUUGACAACACCUACAGCUACCUCCAUGCCAAGAAGGUCAGCUACACAGUGGAGGUUCUGCUGCCAGACAAGAAGUCGGAGGAGCAAAUCCAGCAACUGGAAGAGACCAUGAAUGAGUUGGACCUCAACAAUGCCCACCAGUGAUGGCUCUUAGAGCCCCCUCAUCGUCUGACCCCCACCACCAGCCCCACUCCCACCUCUCUCUGCACAAGCAAACCCAGGGCUUCUCCCAGACCCACCCAGCCAUGGGGAAGUGAAAGUGGAACCAUUCUCCAGAGAACCUCUGCUAGUUGCCAUUAGAACGUUCAGGCAGCUUCUCUGGAGUGAUCUUUCGGGCAUUCCCUCACCCUGGGCUGGCCGUGGGGCAUGGAGGGGGUGUUUGUAGGCAGGGGCAUGGACUCUGCAGAGUGGAAGGUUUCCCAUCUCUUCCUUGCAGCUGCCUAGAAUGAACAUAGCUGAGCUGGGGAGUCAGCGUCUGCAUGGCCAGGGUCUGGGAUCUAGCACUCUGUGCCCAGACAUGCACCAGUUCAGGCUGCCAAUCCAGCCAGCAUCUGCCAGAUUAAUCUGUCCCUGAUCUGAACUCCAGGCUUUAAGCACCUGGGGCUAGGGGGAGGGUCAUGGGGUGUUCAGGAGGGAAACCCCUCGUAUUAUCGUUGGGUUUGCCUUCCACCUGGGCUGAGCUGAAAACAGGGUGGGAAAGGGGCACUUCUUGGCAUGUCCCCUAUAGCACAAUGAGGUGCAACAGCUAAGAGCCCAAGUCUUGGGGUGGUAGCAGCUGGUGUUGGUGGCAGGGCCCUGGCUAUCCAGGCCAGCACAGAGCUUUGCAGGAGGGCAAGGUGCCCCUUCUUUCCCACCCCUCCGAAAACCUCCCCAGCACUUGUCUGUGUAAUUCACUGCCUUGCUCAUUAACAUUCACAACUAACAAAGGGCUGGAGCUUCCCUGAGGCCAGUGGAUCCAGGAUCCACAGUCCCAGGGGGCACCGCUACCCAUAGCGCCGUAGUGAGGCUUGCACUGGGCUCCAUGGCCCAGUGUGCCCUAGAGGGGCAGGGAUCUGUAAAGACCAAUCAGCUACAAGGGAGUGGGGCAACUUGAGAAAGCAAAUCACAGUGGGGAGGAGGGGCAGGGCCUGGGGAGUGCGAAGCACAGACAUAGUGGGAGGGGAAGUGGGAUGUAAGGGCUUGUUUGGGGCAUCUUCCACCUUAACGUCAACAUCAAUAAUACAGAGCAAAUCCCAGAGACGGCAAUAUCACCGUUCAUGCUCCCCUGCCGCCCCCCAGGACUGGCCUGAGGCAUAAACACGUCACUGCACUUGAAGGAGGACCCAGGCAUUCAGAAGGUGGCCUGACCUAUCUUCCCCCUCUGGGAAGGCAACUCAUGGUUGGCCUCUCCGUUCUGCAGUCCCGGCAGGAAGCCUGGCCCCUGGCAAUCAUAAAGCCCAUCCUGGGGCACGAGGAAGGGAGGUUCCCAUGAGACUCAUACUCAGCGAGGCUUUCAGUAAUCUCAUUUUCCAGGUCAGCAGCAAGAGACAGUGGGGUGCUCCAGGGCCACUGAAUUCCUGACCACUCAGCUGGCCCAGAGUUACGUGCAAUAAGGACAUUGGUUCUGAAUGCAGCUGUUGCCCAUUUCAUUGACUUCCCAACCCUCAGCCUGCAGGACCUGCUCCCCAUCCACAGGGGAACAGGAGCGGCACUAGGGGUGGGGUAGGAAAAAGACUGCACAGGGGGGCCAGGAGCAGGUGUA